UUAGCUAUAACGAUAUGCCAGGCUUUCCAAGAAUCGAUUGGAGUUCCCUCAGUGCGUUUCUUUACCAACGUUUGCCAUAUGUAUGCGCGUAAAAGGCCGACCGGUGGCGGGCGCACUGACGCCCAAUCACGCUUUUGACGUCGGCUUUACUUUCACUUAUACUGCUUUCUUGGAAGUCCCCGCUGGCGCGUGCAAAGAAAUGUUGGGUUGUCGCCUUAGCAGUGGAAGAAAUGUUUGACACGUGGAUUAUUGCACAAGCAGUUUCUGUCAGUUUAGUGUCAGGCAGUGGAGACCGUCCAUGCAUUUGAUCGCCAGCUAGCAGUGUGGAUAGCAGAACCUCCAUAUACCUGCAAACUGGCACCCUUGUUGCGACACCCACGCACUUCUAUGGAAUGCCUCCACCACACACACCGGAACAAGUGGGAAACUACGGUGGCUACCCGACAGGGCAUGACAACUACGGGCCUGGACAGGAGCACGGACUUCGAUCUUCAGAGACUAAGCCGGGCGGUGCACUUGCUGGAGGCUUGCGGGUGGUAUUGGGGCUCCAUGACGGGCGAAGAAGCAAAGAGAUUACUACGGUGGAAAGAAGUCGGGACUUUUCUACUUCGCGAUAGUAGUGACUCUGCUUACUUGUUCUGUAUCAGUGUGAGGACCGCCAGAGGCACAACAAGUGUUCGAAUCGACUACACCCCGGAAGGGAACUUUCGGCUGGAUUCGGACGGUAGCUCGCCCGAAUAUGACUGUGUAAUAAAGCUUGUUCACCACUACAUGAAGGACUCGAACGCGGAAAACCCCAAACAUUACUGGCUAGAGCCCACGGGGAGAAGGGCGAUCGCGGUGAAGUUUUCACGACCACUUGUCGGGAAGGUGACCGACCUGCAACACCUGUGUCGGACGGUGAUCAACAAGCAUACCCCCGAGGACCGCGUCACACAGCUUCCCUUACCGGAACGGCUCAAAACAUAUCUAAGAGACUACCCUUACGGACAAUAAUGAAAAGAUAUUAUUUUGCCAACUCAGAUGAACUUUCAUGCUAAUUAUAAAGAUAUGUUGGCAUAAUUGUGAAUUUCAGACAGUGAAAACAAGAUAGAGAACUUUUGAACUUCCAAAGAAUCCUGAAUUUUGCUGCUAAUACACGGUAAUAUACGUUGUACUUUGCUCUUCAACAUUAUAAUUUUGCCGGCAACAUUUAAUGAUCAUAAUUCAUAUGCCCUGCUGUAAAUAGCAGGGACUUUGAAAUGUGGCGUUCUUUGAUUGAAUCGCUCAAAAUUAAUCCGUAUCUUCACGGCUGCAAUAACAACUAUCAUUUUCAUAACUAGACGGCAAAUAAAAUGACCAUGACCAAACGGCACAGUGAAAGCUUCUUUGUAUUGCAUUUCAUCGCUAUAUACUAAAAAUCGGCAGGGAACUCUGAGCGAGGGGAUAUCCGUAUGUCUUUGUUGUCAGCUUUGUUUUGCUUUUUUCCCGAAUGUAGUCUCAGUUAGCUCAGGUCUAUACUGUACAUGUGUGAGACAUAUGUAGCAUGCUAGCUUAUAACCGGUACAUACUUUUAUACCUCUUUCUUCUUACUCCACCGUGAAAAUGAUAACAUCUUCUCGAAA